UCAACAUGGGGUUUAUGCAGAUAUAUCUGCUGGUCACGUGUCUCUCAUACGUUUACGUGGUACGUUGUGUAGAGGUUGAUGACAUCAUUGCUGACGCAAUUCAAGACACAUACUUAGAGCCUCAACGUGAUUUCGGAGCAGGCAAUGACACUAUUCCCGAAACUGGCAACAGCUUUGCUUUUCUUCAGAAACAAAAGGAUGAUGAGGACCAAAUAGCAAGAGCGGGGUUCAAAUAUUUAAGUUUUAUAGAAAAUCUUAUUCAAAGAUCUGGAAAAUCCUUUGGAGAUCUAGAGAGCAGCGAUGAAUAUCAGAGAUCUCUCCGGACUCAAUUGUGUGAUUCAAUCACCACCUCUUGUAAAAAAUAUAAGUAUUCAAGAUACCGAAGUGCUGACGGCUUGUGCAACAACCUUCGAAAUCCAACAUGGGGUGUGGCACUACAGGCGCAUGCGCGAUAUUUACAUCCUGUUUACGAUGAUGGCUAUAACAGUCCGCGUCAACGAGGUCGAAAUGAAGGCGAACUCCCAAGUCCAGGACAGAUUAGUAACACAGUUUUAGGAGGAGACAUGACAACCCCGGCAGACGACAAGCGGAAUUUGAUGUUGUUCACUUUCGGCCAAUUUAUAGACCAUGGCCUGACCUUUACUCCUAUUGUUGUUGGUAGAAAUGGUGAUAUUCUUGAUUGUUGUGGAUUAGAUGCAUCGGACCCUGAGUGUUUUACUAUAGAAAUCCCAACAAACGAUCCUCGAUUUCCAGGAAGAACAUGUAUGGAUUUCUCUCGAUCAAUACCGACUCCGCCUGAAGAAGGCUGCAGCAUAGGUCCAAGACAACAAGUAAACCGGUUAUCUUCCUUUAUUGAUGCAGGAAUGUUAUAUGGUGACUCUAAACGUUUUAACGAAAAUCUCAAUGGACGUGUUGGAACCCUGAGGACGUCAUCAGGUGACAUGCUUCCCCCAGGAGGAGUUUGUCAGACAUCUGAACCUGAAGAUUUCUGCCAACUCGCUGGCGACGAAAGAUCGAAUGAAUUCCCCUCUUUGGGUGGCCUCCAUGUUGUAUUUCUUCGACUUCACAAUAUCAUUGCAAAGGAAAUACGACAAAUUACUGGACUAUCUAGUCAAGAUGUGUUUUUGGAAACCAAGAAGAUUAUGGGCGCCAUUAUGCAGCAAGUGACGUAUGGGGAAUUCCUUCCCGCCAUUUUAGGGAAAGACACUCGUAAGAAAUUUUGUCUGAACCUUCGAAGAAAAGGUUAUUGGAACAAAUAUAACCCAAAGGUGAACCCCACUGUUAAGAACGUCAUUGCUACUGCAGCACUUCGAUAUGGACACUCACAGAUUCCUCCAGAGCUAGGCUAUAUGACGAGAAUGUUUGCAACAUCUAGAGUAUUUAAAUCGGAAGAUGUCUUCAUGGACCCUCAUAUUGUUGUUACACAACAAGGUCAAAACAUUCCAGAUUUAGCGCGGUUUUUAUUGGGCACCCCUGCAAGAAAAGUUGAUAGACAAAUUGAAAAUGCUGCUAGAAAUGAAUUAUUUCCUGAUGUUAAUGGCGUUACCUUUGACCUAAUGUCAUUCAACAUUCAAAGAGGGCGGGAUCACGGUUUGCCCACCUACAACGAGUGGAGGAAGUUGUGUAAACUUCCGGUAGCUACAACUUUUUCCGAAUUACAAGAUCAUAACUCCGACGCAAUUGCAAGAUUGCAAGAUGUAUAUGACCACGUUGACGACAUUGAUGUCUUUGUUGGAGGUAUUUCAGAAACACCACGAGCAGACGCAGUAGUAGGUCCGCUUUUUGAAUGUUUAUUAGGAUGGCAGUUCAAGGAACUAAGGUUUGGGGACAGAUAUUGGUACGAAACGAAGGGGAUAGAGGGAUUCUCUAGAGGUCAGUUAAGAGAAAUAAGAAAAAUGACGUUUUCAAAGAUUCUUUGCGAGGCGCUGAAUCUGGAUGAAAUUCAGAAAGAAGUUUUCAACCUCGUAGGACCAAAAAAUCCCCGUGUGAAGUGUUCUUCAUUACCCUUUAUGGAUCUCUCGGAGUGGAAGAAAUCUUUUUUCCCUUUCAUUAAGUGGUCACCAUUCUUUACUUCAGGAUAAUUUUAAAAUGAAUAGAACCGUGUGGAGUAACAGGAAUUAGGUUUUUACUCCCCUGAACCGAAUGAAAGUGAACUUUGUGUUUAGUAGAUAUACAUAUAAAUUCGUUUGUAUAUUUUCAUACAUACAAUCUUGCCACAUAUAAUUAAUGGUAACAUUUACCUGUUGUAUUUAAUUGUAUAAUUAUAUUUGCACAUUAUAUUUAUAUUUUAUCAUAAGAUGAGAUGAUAUGAGUAUACUAGUAUUCCUCUUACUUUGUCGGCAUGUCUGCCUGUUGAAUAAGGGAAAACAUUACAGUCAUAGCAAUACCAUAUUUAUACCGUUAACAAAAUUAUUAAAACUGCAAACUGAAAAUGUUUAAAUAUAUCGCUUUAUUUAAUUCGUUCUGAGAACUUUGAAAUAACAUACAUGUAAAUGAUUGUGCCCAAAACACUUAAUUCUAGAAGAACUAUGCACAUUUGAGACUCUUAAUUCAUUAAUUAUGUAACUUUUCUACGAAUAAAUA